AGAUGCGAACAAAUGAUUUUGAACCUGAAAUUUGCUCAAAAUAAAGUUUGGACCCAAAUGGGACAAGUUUUGAACCAGAACGCAUUUCUUUGCGUUUUUACUAUGGUGUUUUCAUGAUGUCAGGAAGAAGUACAACUCGAGCAGAACACACCAGUUCUUAUGUAUCGCCGACUAUUUCGCCGAAAUUAGGGACUUCCCAAACACAAUCGUCAAUGUAUGGCACCUCUGUACAAAAUAGCCCACCUGUUCGAGACUCUGCAACUUUAAAAGGUGUGAAUUACAGUGGCGCAGGUCAUGAGAAAUAUCCGUCGUGGCCGACGGCGGCCGCAGCCGAUAUACCAUUGGCAGUCAGAGGCCCUGUUACAGGAGGGUCACAUCGUUCCAAAAGCUGGACGGACCAUACCAACUACCCGAAGGAACAAGCACCAAUUCCAAUGAGGCCCUACAUGAAGAGGUCGCACGCCGCUUCUGUGGGAUCCAACACCCAGCACCUGAAAACGGUGAUGGAAAGAUCGGAGCAGAGUCGUAUCGUCACAACUACUUCUGAAGGCAUCUCUUCAACUUAUGAGCAAUUUGAUAGUACCAGGCUAAUACCUAUUCAUGAUGAACCUGAAAAAAGAAGCAGCAGCCCACCUGAACGUGAUACUGACCAGAUGUCGUUACGAGGAUUGUCCAAAAAGGAUUUGGAGUCCUAUAAUACGUCAUAUGCAGAAUCCACUAUUUCACAGGAUACCGGAAAGUUUUCUCCGACCAGUUCCCAGUUGACCAGGGCCGAGUUGGAAGAAUACACGAGGACCUACGAUGAGGUCCUUGCAACCCAACACGUUAAACAAUCAUCAUAUGCCCAAUCUGAAGGAUACCAUAGUUAUGUCUCCAGUACGGAUAGUAUGUCCACUCCUUUUCUUGACAGGUUAAGAAGAGACAGUGCCUUAAAUACCUUAUCUGGAGAAAAUGUUUCUAGGGAAGGACGUGACAGUGUGGCAACAAUUCAUUCUUGCAGCGAUAGUGUCGUCACUUCAAAUUCGGGCAGUUCUAGUGAAACGUUAAAAUGGCAUGGGUCUAUGAGUGACGUCUCUGUUGCCAGCAGUUCCAUGGGGACAGCAACUUCAAGAUCUCACAUUGCACAUAGUGCCAGAGUUAAAACUCCACAAAGACACAAUUCAGAAAGCAUUUUGUUAAUUAAUGGAGCACCAGCUAAUGGUGCUCCUGAAGAACCGACAAAACCUAGGACCAGAUUGGAUCGACAGAACUCCAAAUUGUUUCCAGUUAGCACGUAUAUGGUUAAACCUACUACGAAUGGUCAAGAGAAUAAAGCUCCAAGAUCACCUCCUCACCAAGUUCAACCAAGUGUUGCCGAACGCAUAAAUGAACUUGAGCGGCAACAAUCGACCAGAUAUUCUUUUCUAGGACCAUCCAAACGUCACAAAAUCUCAGACCCUGCUUUAAAAGCUAUUCAGAAAAAAGCUUUGCUUUCAUUUUACGAAAGACAUAACUCCAACAAUGGCAAGAACACAAAUUCCAGCACUGGGCAAAAUCAAAACACAUCACCGACGAAUCAUUCCAGAAAUGAAUCGAUUGUUAGUAAUAAUGUGAAUGUGAUUAAUGGCAAUGAUCCUAGUGGAAGGCAGGUGGGUUCAGGAAAGGACUCCUGGAGAAGUGAACCGCAUUUGGCAAGGCCUUUGCAGGCGCCACCUCCAGUCAAUCAGGCUAUGACUAUGAGACCCAGGACGCAUUCUUCGUCGCAAAGUUUUAGCAGCACCUCGAGGAGAGCUUCCACUGCUUCAGAAUACUCCGGUUGGCGCGAUUCUAAUGGUCAAGAACAAAAGUCAUCAACGCGUACUGAGCCCAAACAGCCACAUUCACCAGAAAAUCUAAUACCGAACCACGGACGUCAAUCUAGCAUUCCUCAUGAUGCACCUCCACUGGUGCUACCACAGUACGAUCAAUCUUCCUCCUGCAAAGCCUGCAUUGGCGUUAAUAUAAUUCAUACAUGUACGCUGACUCCUAAAUUAAAAGGACCAGUUGUGCUAGGUCCAUCUAUAACAGUGGAUAACUGGGUGCCUCAAAGGCCUCCAAAAAAUCCAGCCUUGAGAAGUAUUUAUCAAAUCGGUAAAACUAGCCCAGAACCGCCUUUACCAAGUCCCCCUACAGUGAUAGAAGACGAAGUUUGUAUAGAAGACGAACCUUUUCCGCCGCCUCCGCCGAAUGUGUUAGAUUGCUGGGACACAAACCAAGUUGUUAAUAAAAGUACGCCUAAGAGAAGUCCAACAGUGCAACCUUCAAGACGGAACAGUUUUGCAAAUGCCAGGGGCAGUCACUUCGAGCAUCGGUUAGCGGACGUCAGAGCUUCUGUGAGACACAAACCGGUUCCGGUGAUACCGCUUCAGGCUAAACCGGAGCAGAGGUCUCCACCGCCGCCUCCUUUGCAACCGAGACAACCUAGGAACCGCAAUGGGAGUCACUCCAAAGCGUCAUACUUGUCACACCGAAGAGAAAACGAUCUGAGUCUUCCUAAUCCUGAUCACGGCAGUUACAAAUUGACUAUAUCACCAUCUGGUGAAUCAUUAGAACGGAAUACAUUGGAAGAUACGUUAAUAGACAACAAAAUGACUACUCUCAUCCAUCACCAUAAUAACAACAGUUGCCAUAAUUUGCUUCAGCGUGUUUCGGCAAGUUUAGGAAGUUUAAAUGGUCUCAACAAGACUGCCGAAACCCUUAUUAAUAAUUUACCGGAUGUCUUGCCGAUGAAUGCAAAAGUUCCAAGAAAUACACGUUCUUCGGCACCUAAUACCUACAUACACCCUGUUGAUAAUCAGGUAAAAUCUGUUAACGGAGGUUCACUAAAAUGUUCGCCUCCUAACACACCAAGAAAUAUCCAACAAUCACGGUUUUCUUUAGAAUCUUCAUUAAGGCAAUACAACAAUAUUAAUAACAAUAUCCAAUCAGCAAGAGUAACACCAAUGCGAACUGAAUAUGUCCAACCUUUGAUUUCUCCAAAACAGGAAGCUAUGUUUACUGAACCUGUUAAACUAGAUUUACCUUUACCAUCACCUGAAAAAGUCAUUUCCGAAGAACUUUUUUCUACCCCAGAAGAUAUCAGUUUAGAAUCAUCUGCGAAUAUAGUAGAGGAGAAAAUUGCAACGACUCCUGUUAAAUGUGAACCUUUACCCGUUCAAUUUGCGGCUAAUUAUAUUGAAGUCACGAAGCAUCUCGUUCAGUCGCCAAUACAAGAAGAAUCCAAGAAUAAUGAAAGUUUUAUGGUUCGAAUGACUGAUCGGGGUUGUAGUCCAGUUCACAGUGACUCUGAAUCUCCAAAGUCUGUCAGAAGCAAUAGAAGUCAUUUAUCCGAUACCCCGAGUCCUAUCCAGAAAGAAAUUGCAGAGGUUCAACCCAUGCAGAGGACUGAAUUGGUUUUAAGGGUCAAUAGUUAUACAAGUGAUGCUGCUUCACAAACUGAAAAAGAAGACUUGUUAACGACGCAGAUGGUAAAAACGCCACUUUUGCCCAGACAAAAAUCUCCGGAAGAGUUGGAUUGCGAAGAACUGUCGAGAGAUUUUGUGAGUCACCUUUCACCAAAUGACCGGUUGCAGAGUAUCUUAGGUUCUUCUCCAGAACAUAAAGAACCAGCGGAUUAUGUAACAGGUUUAUUUCAUUUGGAAAUAUCGCGACCUAUCAAAACUAGACUUUCGUCUAUUUCUGAUAGCAACUCAAAAUCUUGCACAGAUCUAAGUUCACGUUCAAAUAGUCCAGGCAUUUUGAACGAUGACUUGCUUCGCAAAAAGGAUGAGCUGGUAGCACGUUUGGACAGCAAAUUGAGAGUUCUGAGGGCCGAACAGUUGGCUGUAUCAGAUGAACUCACUCUGAAUGAUAAAUUAGGUGUAACUGUACUGGCCAGAGUAGAAAGGUUGGCCUUAGCAUCGGAAGCGGCCAAAUAUAGGCAACAUGUCCAAGAAAUUUCACAAAUCACGGGCCUAUUAUUAGGAUUAUCGAGUCGUUUGGCGAGGGCCGAAAAUAGUUUGCUCUCCAUGUCAUGUUCUAUAACGGAUAAGAGAAAUCUGGAGUUGAAAAGAGACAAACUACAAGAGCAACUAGAAGAAGCAAAACGACUCAAAGAAAACAUUGACAAACGCAGCAAAACAGUGUCACAAAUGUUAACGAAAUAUUUAAGCAAUGAAGAAUAUGCUGAUUAUGAUCAUUUUAUAAAUAUGAAAGCAAAAUUAAUAAUGGAUUCACGUGAAAUUGCUAAUAAAAUUCAAUUAGGUGAAGAGCAGCUGCAUGCUCUUAAUGAGCAUGUUUAAAUAUUUUGUUAAUUUACAUUCGUCUGUAUCCAAUAACUUAUUUUAUUUGAUAUAUUAUAUCUUUUAAGCCUAUUGACACUUGCCCCAGGAGUAUUAAAAAAACAUACGCUUAUGAUAGUUAAGUUCAUUGGUGCACGAUUUCUAGAAGAGCACCAUUCAACAUUUUUCUGUUUAAAAAUAUUGUUUAUAGUUUUAGAGUAAUUUUAUUUCAAGGUGCCUUUGCCUAGUCUCUAUUUUUUCUAAGCCUAAUGAUGUAGUUUAUUUAAUGUUUAAUAAGUCACACAUCGUUGAUGAAAGGAAGUCGAUUUUUAAUAAUUGUGAUCACUUUCAUACAUUGAGAUUGAUCAGUUAUGGGAAAUUGAUUAUCUAAAACCUAUGUGUCGUGCUUGGCUAUGCUGUGAUUGAAAAUUGUUCAUGUAUAUAUUUGACUAAACGAAAUUGGAAUGUUUUGUGCAAACAUUAUAAUGUGUGAAUUUUAAAGUUUAUUUUUUUAUUGGUAUUGAUGACUGGUAACCCUGAUAUAAAGUUUGAUCAAGGUGAAUUCAGAACAAGUAAGCUUUUGGGCAUUCUAGAACUGUAGAACAUGCCAUGUUAUUUAUUACAUGAUAUUUGGUUUUGUAGAACUACAAUAUAUUAUCAAACCGGACCAAAAGUUUUCUGUGUUGUAUUUUUUGUAAUAUAUUUAACUUGUUUCCUGUGCAUAAUAAGAUACAAAGGGCAAAGCUCAUAAUGUAUUCUUUAAUAAUAAUAAUAAAACAAAUGAAAUUAAAAUAUUAAACCGGUUUUACCAUUUUUUUAUUCACUCGUUUUACUAUAGAUAAUAAAACAAUGAAUGAAAGUCACUGAAUUUGAUAUUUAAAUCUUUAGCCCAUAUACUAUGUUGUAAAUAUACAUUUUAUUUAAUU